GGGCUGGGGGCGGCGCCGAGGAGGCGGAGGGAGGCUAAGGUGGCCAUGCCCGCUCGGCGCGGCCCGUCCGCCCGCCGCCCCCGACGGGGCCCGAACCGAGGGGGCCGGGCGGAGGCGGCCUGGAGGGAAUUCGCCGCCUCGUUCGCCCGCGCCGGCAUGGUGCCGCCAGUGGAGGGGGGUCUGGCGGCUGUAGAGGCGGCGGAGGGGGCUGCCGUCCUCCUCUUGGCUCCGCAGCAGACUCUGACCUUCACCGGGAAAUGCCGCCUGCGCUGCCUCUACGGCGCCGUGCGCCUCCUGGGCUUCGCCGUCUCCUCGCACCAGCCGGCGCUGCCGGUGUUCUCGCCCGCCACGCACUGCGCGCUGACGCUGGAAGCGCUGCCGGACGCCCGCCCGCCCGGCGCCGACCUCCGCCAGCUCCGCGUCGCCGCCCGCGCCGCCAUGCGCGCUCACAGCGUCCGCCGCCAGGCGCGGGUGCAGGUCAUGGCGCGGUUCUCGCCGGACUGCGCCCUGCUGCUGCUGGAGCACCUGGACACGCCGGUGACGCGGUACCUUCUGAGCCACCCGCCGAUGUCGCGGCUCUUCGAGCCCCCGAAAAAGGAGGAAUCCAGCUUCACACCGGAGGAUGCGGUUCUGGCCUCUGUCGGCAUCGUGAAGUGCAGCCCUGACCACGGGCUACUGGUGUCAGAAAGCAUGGUCCUGGCUCUGGAGGAGCUGAUCCAGGCCUGCUGUGCUGAAGAUGAAGGUGUCCCACUCAUCCUGGUGUGUGGCCCAAAGAACACAGGAAAGUCUACAUUUAACAGAUACCUGAUCAAUCUGCUGCUGAACCACCUCCCCUCCGUGGAGUACCUGGAGUGUGACAUAGGGCAGACGGAGUUCACGCCGCCGGGCUGCGUGUCUCUCAAUCACGUCACAGAGCCCCUUCUUGGUCCACCCUUCACUCACCAACAGGUCCCACGGAAGAUGGUGUAUUAUGGCCUGACCAGCUGCGAGCAGGACACAGAGCGGUACCUGGACGUGGUGAAGUCUGUGUUCAGCUCCUACAAGAAGGAAGUGCCAUUGGUGGUCAACACCAUGGGCUGGGUGAAAGGUGAGGGCCUGCUGCUCCUGAUUGACAUCAUUCGGCUGUUGUCCCCCAGCCACAUCGUGCAGAUGGAUGUGUACGACUGGAAGGCCAUGGCUCCCCUCAGCCCUGACUAUGUUCACUUCACUUCUGGCCUCUACACCAAGGGCAAGCAGCAAGCCAAAUGCAAGCAGAUGAGGAUGGAUGGGGCAGAGCCCUGGAGCCCCUCCGAAGGGGCUGGAGAUGCAUCAGCUCCCCAGUACAAACUGCUCUACAUCCACCCCGAGUUCCCCCGAGCAGGAGCUGCAGGCGAAGUGCGAGUGCACAGCAGCAUCCUGCGGGACGUGGCCAUCCUGGGCUACCUGGGCCAGCUGCAGUGCCCAGAUGUCGGUGCUGUGCUGCCGCUGCACAGCCUCCUGCCAUACCAGGUGCCUUUCCGCGCUGUCGCGCUCAGGGUUGUCCACACUGAUGUGGCCCCCACCAACAUCCUGUAUGCCCUGAAUGCCAGCUGGGUCGGGCUGUGCCGUGUCCCUGAGGAGAUCCAGGGCCGGGGUGAGGUGCCGGUGCUGCUGACACAGACUCCAGUCUGCGACUGCCUUGGCUUUGGAAUUGUCCGUGGGGUCGAUAUGGAGAAGAAGCUUUACUUUGUCCUGACCCCGGUGCCUCCGGAGAAGCUGAGGCUGGUGAACUGCCUGCUCCUUGGCACUGUUGCCAUCCCAAAUUGCGUGCUCGUGGGCCAGCAAGGAGCUGAGGGUGAGAUCCCCUACGUCACAUCUGAUUACAACUACAGCAUCAUGGGCUCUGGGAAGCUGAGGAAGAAGCAUUUCAAGAGGAGGGAGUUUGACUGUGACUACGCCUGACCCCUGGGCACGGUGGGCUCAGUUCCUGUGCAGGCCAGCAGGAGUCCCAGAGCCUGCAGCAGAGCUCUCGAGGGUGUGGAUAUUUCACAUCCACUUUUAACUGUUUUAUAUUUUCAGUUUGUAUUUCAGUUUUUUUGUAAUAAAGAUCUAAUGAAGGUCUGUUUAAAA